AUGGCCAAUAGCGUUUGUAGCGACGAUGCUUAUCAACUCCGAACAGGGCGCACAUGGGACGAAGAUUCACAAUAUGCCCCCACUCCUGGUCACUUUAGUCGUACGCCAUCUGUAUUCUCUUCUGGCCCUGCCCCGGUUCGUGUCACCGAUCCGGUCCAAUCAGACCAGCUUAGCUUUCUCCCGCUUGCCGAAUGGGAUGAAGACAUCGACUAUGACGAGCCGUCUCCAGGAUAUAUCCGCUAUACGAUUGCGUGGAAGCUUAUGCUCAACCGUAAGAAGGUAGGCAGCGUGACCGAGAAAGGGCUGGUUAUCGCUCCGCGGAAUUACUGGACCAAGGCUUUGAAGCCUGCUGUUGAAGAAAUGCUGCAAAUGAAAAAGAAAAAUGGCCAGCGAGUGCGAUCUGAAGGCACAGCUGUCACUGUCAAAGCGGGCGACCGAUCUCAGCAAAAUCUGGAACUAUUUUGUGCUGCUACUAUUGACUGGAAUUCAGUGGAGAAGCAGUUGCGUAAAUGGAGCAAUUUAGUCCGCAUGGGCAAAACACUCACAAUUGACAUUGUGUUUCAUUACAGGGGCGACGAUGAAGUGCCGCAGAAAGUCGAAAAGAGAGGCCGUGUGUCGGCAACAAGCAGAAUUUUGGCAGAGCGCCAGAGACGCAUUGAUAUUGAAGAAGAUAUAACUGAACGACCUGCAACUUGGGAUCUUGUUUAUGGCUUGAUGAGAUGUGAUGUCCGGUCAUGCCCACACAAGUGCGAUUGGUGCUGGGAGGACCCACAGGACAAGAAACACUAUAAGCUCCGGGCCUCACAUCUAGAACGACUGAUUGACUACGUUGAUGGUGGUGGCUGCCUAGACACCCAUGAUAAUGUUCCUAACGAUAUCCGUCGGGACCUCGUUCUAGAGAGUCAGAAAGGAAGGAAAUCGAGAAAGACCAACGUCACGAACGGAACAUCAUAUCCCACGACCAUCAUUAAUGUUCUGCCGGCACAAAAUGGCAGUACCCCCAUAGUCAGUUCCUCUCUACACAAUGCUCGAUCUGAUGAGCAGGUUAUUAUUCCUGGACCUCGUGAAGUGGCUGUGAGGUAA